AUGGUUUGUGAAAAAUCAUGUGGCUGCGGGGCGUUUUGUCGUCGUUUAUUUUGCCGCGCCCGUCCUACGGAGUGUAGUGAUAAGGAAGAUGCUCAAUUGACUUUGAAUCAGUUAUCAGAAGCCUGGGAUGUGAAAUUCACGCAGAAUUUAACGGAGCCGCUCUCUAUAGGAUCUCAUAUUAUUUGUACUGGAACUCCUAGCGACGAUCUGCCAUGGUUCGCAGUAAACAUAGGUUGUGGAGAUUCGGCUCGAAGCGAUAUUGCGAUUCAUUUCAAUGUACGACUGCCACAGUGUUACGUGGUGCGAAAUACAAAGAGGCAUGACAAGUGGGGUACGGAAGAAACCACGGCAUAUAGAUUGUUCCCCUUCAAAAUAAACCGUCCGUUUACAAUUGAGAUUCUAAUAGACGAAAAGGAGACUUUAUUUGCCAUUGAUGGCGAUCAUUACUGCAGUUACGGCCACAGAAAUCCGAGUCCAUUGAACGCUACGUGGGUUCAAGUGACGGGAAUACGAGAUGCUGCCUUGAAAAUACAAAAAAGUGACAUAUACCCAACUCUAUCGCCGCCUCCCAUAGCAGUACCAAUAAAAUCUGACUCAAACGACACGAUAGAAGACGAACCCAAAUGGCAUCCAAAUGUCAUAGCGACUAUUGCUGACGGAAUCCCAGAGGGACAUCAAAUCGUUAUACACGGACGACUACGUCCCAUGCUGCAUUCGUUCACUAUAGACUUAUUGGAUGUAGCUCGUGAAUGGCCGCGUGGGAACAUACUCCUACAUGUGAAUAUCCGAGCUCAUGUACAAUCACAGAUGUCUAGGCAACUAGUUGUGUUGAACGCGUGGCUUGGUGCGUGGGGACAGGAGAGGCGACAGAGAACAGCUAAAUUAAUACCUGGGACUGAGACAACAUUUCGAAUCGUCCGCGGCGGUAUAGUAUGGUCUGUGUACGCUGACGACAUACUCAUUGGUGAACUCGAUUUCCGCGGAUCCCCCAAUGGUGUGAAAGCUAUAAGAAUACGAGGCGACCUCUACCCAGACAGUGUCUAUCUCUCUCCAGCAACAUCAUCUCCAAUAGAAGAAAAAGAUAAACCUACCAUUGAAUAA